UACAUACAGCAUAACGUUAAGUGAAAUGCGAUAUGCACAAAUCAAGAACUGCUUUGCUCUCCUGCAGUCUCGUCCAAUCCCAAGCCAGCCUCUUGGAGUGGUUAGUUUUCAAACCUUUCGUCAGCCUGAAUUUCUCAGCGCCAUCUCCACCCUCAACCACACUCAAACCAUCCCUGACCAACCCAUUCCCAUUAAUAAAUGACUGAAAUCCCAUCCGACAGCAUGCUAACCAAGGCCAAAGAGCAAGUAACCAUCCCCACAGCUUCCACGGCCCUCCCGCUCGCCUACCGCCUGACCCUCCUCGUGCUCGAGCCCCUCAGGGCCCUCAACGGCGCCGUCAUGACCUUUCGCGCGCCGGCCGAUUACGUCGCGCAUGUCACGCACAAGCCGGCGCUGUACAGCCCGGCCAAUCAGUUCCUCUACAUGCAGCUGGGCGGCGCCUGGCUCCUGUUUGCCUUCAACGAGGCCGUCGUCCUGCGCCUGGUCGACGACCUGCGCGUGUGGCGGCUGCUAUGCUGGGGCAUGCUCGUCAGCGAUAUCGUCUAUCAUGUCAGCUCGGUGCAGGCGGUCGGCGGGUGGGGGGAGUUUGUGCGGGUUGGCGAGUGGAACACAUUUGAUUGGGCUGUGUUUGCGUCAGCCGUGGUGCCCAUGGUUGUGAGGUUGUUGGUCGUGGCCGGGGUUGGCGUGAAGACUAAUAAGGUGGGUGAGAAGGCGAAGUAAGGGGUUUUCCGGUGCUGCUUCGGUCGAUGUACCUUACCUGACGCAUCUAAGAGGGGUAGCCGAGAGGAUAACUUUUACAUAGUUACAUUAUUUUGGGCCGCACUAACAGCCAGGAUGGAGCGGUACUACGACCAUGCUUCCUCUAUUAAGAUUGGAAGCAGCAUCCUUCCUGGCGAAGGCCGGCGGCCCUUUGCACAAUGCUUCAAGCGACAUGACGUUGAACAGUCGGGGAUGGCGUGAGUGGCGGACGGACUGAAAUGGGCGGAGGCGGUGUCGGCUUCGAGCACAACCUGGAACUUACUGGAGACUUUGAAAGAUGCGGCUACGGAGUAGACGGAGGAGAAGGAAUGUGUCCAAGAAGAGCAGCCUGAGACCUGAAGAUGGAUGAGGAAGUAUUUACUUAACAACUGGACAUCGUCGGUGGAAGUUGUACUGUUGAGGCUCUGCGUCUUAAGAAUCUCAAAG